AUGAAUCUCAGCCCAAGGGACUUGUUGGACCACUUGAUCAUUGACUCAAAGGGACAGGACAAGGAUUCAGUCGUCAUGGUUGGUAAUGACUUUAUUGUUGCUGGGAGUGAGACCAGUGCUUCAACAUUGGAGUUGUUGUUGAUGUUUAUGAUCAACUAUCCAGAGAUCCAGGAGAAGAUGGCCGGUGAACUAGAGAGUGUUGUUGGUCUGGGCAACCGAGCUACUGUGGCCCAUCGUUCCAAAUGUCCCUACACUAAUGCUGUGAUCAAGGAGGUGAUGAGGAUAAUGCCAGUGCUCCCACUUGGCCUACCUCGUCAAGCAAAGGAGUCAAUUAUUAUUGCCGACAAGUACUACAUUCCCAAGGGUGCCAUGGUGAUGAUUAACCAACGUGCACUCCAUCACAACUCUGAUCAUUGGACCAACCCUGAUGAAUUCAGACCUGAGAGAUUCCUGGUUGAGGACGUAAACCACAAUGAUUACUUGCAAUCAUUCAGUUGUGGUCCUCGGAAUUGUGUUGGACAGAUACUUGCCCUCGAUGAGAUGUUCGUAGGCUGUGCCAACAUUGUAAACAGAUUCAAAGUGAACUCUAUCGAUGGCCAACCUGUCAAUGAUGAGGAGUUGUUCGGACUGGUGAUAACUCCAAACCAGUUCCAAGUCUGUCUCAAAGCCAGAUCCUAA